AUGGGAGUCGACCUGAUCCGCAGUGACCCCCAAGUCUCCAAUCCUUUUUCGCCGACACAGCAGGUAUGGAGCACGAGCUAUUACGAGGUAUCCAAUGCUACCUCUUCACCUGUACUGUACCUACAGCCGCAGUCGUCGGGCACAGGCCAGCAAGGCCGCUGUGCUCCUGUCUACCAGCAGACGUUUGUAGGUGACGGUGGCAUUUGCUCUCGAGCCGCGAUACGUCGGCAGCGCGGGAGCGGCACGGAAGAAGCAUGGGUACGGCGGUUUUGGCUUGGCGCGAGCCAAGAGCCAGGCCCUGGCAUAAUUCUCCAUCCGGGAUACACUCUUAUUUCAAUACUCCGUAUGCAUCUGGUUAUACCAGAUGGAAGAAUCGUUGUAUCACUUCUUGUAGGAGGCAAAACUCGAACCGAACACAACUACAAGCAUCCAAUGGCAUCGAUGCCAUCUAGCCUACCGCAAAGAGUCAUUCAAAUCACCUGCAAGAUCCAAGAUAUGAGAGCGGCUCUCGGCCCUUACACACAAGUAGCUCCGUACAGGACUCAAUCAAAUUUACCAGCACCUCAUGGUAAACGGCACCAGUCCAUGUCUCUUAAUAUACAAAGCCUGCAAUUGGCAAAUUUGCAUAUUCUGCUAAAUAAUGCCUCACUAUCAAAUUAA